AUGCAGUCGCAACAAAAUACACCAAACGACUUGAUGUAUGCCGCCAACCAACCCGCUGACCUGCCUGAGCGAGUAGAAAAACUCGCUCCCGCAUGGCAGGUCGAUGCCGCCAGGAAGAGUAUCACGCGCCAGUUUACAUUUGCUGGGUUUGGAAAAGCCUGGCAGUUCAUGUCGCUCGUUGCGGAUGAGUGCAAGGUCAAGAAUCAUCAUCCGAGAUGGGAAAACCUGUAUAACGAGGUUACGAUUGAAUGGACUACUCACAAGCCCAAAGGACUGAGUAUCAAGGAUGUUGAGAUGGCCGAGUUUUGUGAUCAGAAAGCAGCCGAGAUUGGAUCCGGUUUGUUCAGGAAGGUAUGGACUUCAAUGAAUUGGGUCAUCUAUCCGCCCCAUUCAUUAUGCCUAACUAUCACUCGCUCUAACAACAUUCCAACCACCCUCGUCCUCCACGCCAUCGCCCUGCACACUAACCGCGACCGAAUGGCCAACGCCUCCAAUCACAUCCUGCACUGCGAUCUUGCCGCCGACUUUUGUCCAGCCUUUCCUCCCAAUUCCUAG